AAAGGGAAGGGGAUGGGGGACCCUGUUGACAGCAGGCAGAGCUCCGGGCUGGCUGUACUCUUAUUGCGGGCCUCACACCCCGAGCCACUGCUCCUGAACAUCAGUGCCUGGAAGACAGACGCGCUUGCAGAUCCUGUGGACGCCGAGUCUCUGGCUUCCCGAUCUGUUAUCCAGAGUUCCCAUAACUGCUACCGUGAGGCGCUCCGCACACCCAGAGACCCCCGGCGUUCCUGUCUCCAGUGCCAGAGCAGACCAGCUGCUGUCUCUGCUCAGACCAGGCCUGACAGCCCCUCCAGCCUGGGUCCCCACCGCUCAGGCCAGAUCACACCGUCCGCACCCUGGAAGGGAGCCCUUUCUCUGAGGACGCCCGGGAAGCCAGACUGCUGUCUGCCCACAGUGAACUUGGGAGCAGGACGGAUGGAAGUGUCAUCUAUUACUUUUAAUCGGAGCUGCCGACGCCGCUGGGCACUAGUCAGGAGGAGGGGAGCCAGGGAACAGGCCGUGGAAAUUGCCAAUAAAGAUGAUUUGUUUCUGAGGCUCUCAGCUGCACCCGUCCCUGCUGCUCCUGAUUCCGGGGGACCCACAACUGAGGGCAUCAGAGGUCCUGCCAGCGCUGGUCAGUCAAGGGGAAGUGGCGACCCAGUUCCCCUCUCGGGGACACCCGAGACCCCGGUGGUCUGGCUUGUCUGUUUUCUCGGGGUGGGUGCAGCAUGGGGGGGCGGGUCAGAGAUCUGUGUAGGAGAGCCGCAUCCAGAAAGUGCACUGGGGCGGUGUGAUGGCGGGGGGUGGCAGGCCCAGGGGAAAGGCCGGACAGGGUGGCGGUGGAGUCCCCCACGUGCCAGGGAGUCUCGGGCUUCCCUGGUGGUUGAGUGGUAGAGAAUCCUCCGGCAGUGCAAGAGCCACAGGAGACACGGGUUCGAUCCCCCGUUCCCCUGGAGGGGGGCAUGCUAACCCACUCCAGCACUCUUGCCUGGAGAAUCCAAUGGACAGAGGAGCCUGGUGGGCUACACUCCAUGGGGUCACAAAGAGCCGGACACAACUGAAGUGACUUGGCACGCAGGCAGGGAGUCUGUCCUGGGCCAGAAAGGGUUACGAAGCAGAGCUGAGCGGGUGGGGUGGCUACAGCUGGCCCUGGGCCCACCUGGUGAUUAGCUAGUCACGGGGCUGCAGCGGACAGUUCUAGCGGAGGUAGGCCACCUGAGGCGGGGCAGAGGCCAAGGGGGCAGCCGCUACAAGGCAGGAGCUCAGCCCCGCUGCGCCACCGCCCGAGUGUCUGGUGGUGACCUGGCACUACUCCCGGCCCAGGCCGGGGCUGGCGCGUGCUGUGAAGGAGGCAUGUGGAGAACCCUCCAGCGCUCUGAACUUGGCCGAGGGGCCCUGGGUCUGGUGGGCGUGCGGGAGGCAGGAGAUGCUGGCUGUUUGGACGUGAGCCUAUCCCUGCUCCCUGCAGCUAGGAGGCUGGCUGGCGCGUCUCUACUCGUCUUCCUCCUCGGCUCUAAGUCUCCAAGACGCGGUAAGAAACACAGGCAGAAUCUGGCUUGCUGACUUCAGAACGAGCUACCUGGUCGGUCCUGACGGGUGGCUCUGACCUUGAGGGGUCGUGGCACCAGGGCUGCGAGGCCCGACUUCCCCAGAGCCGGCUGGUCCUGCCCUCGGGACCACACGCCUUCCCUCCGGGCCCGCCCCUCCCCUGGGGCUGCCAGAGGAGCAGAGUUCAACAGCCGUCUUCUAGAUUGAUUGUCCCGUCCCUGGGAGAUGGCUGCUCCAAAAACUCAUCGGGUCUGACCGUAAAUCAAGAUGAAACGAGGGUGACAGGUUGUGAGCCACGGCCGUGGCCGGGAAGCGCGGUGGAGCGCGGGGCUCUGAACACACACAGGAUGCCCAGGGCUCGGGCGCGGCCACUGACAGCUCGUGCCCCAGGGUUGCGGCCACGUGGGAGGGGGGAUGGGGCAGUGGGCAUCCUGACGUCCAGGCGGGCAGAACCUGCAGUUCCCUAGGGCACGCACGGCAGGCUGGGCUUCUCUCCGAGCCUCACAGGCUGUGUUCAGAGAGCCCACGUGAUGCCUGGGGUCGCAGUCCGCAUCCGUCUACUUCCACCUGUGUCCCGCACCAGGAGUCCUGCUCCAAGGAGUGGGGAGGAGGUGCGGCGAGCUGCUGGGGAGGCGGCCCUGGGGGUGGGGGGAGCAGCUGGGGGCCUGACACACAGCAUCUGAGGAGUGGCUGUCGGUCUCGGAAGGGGCAGCUGCAGGGUGACAAGCAGGGUCAGGAGCCUUCUUCUUUAAUAUCUGCGGCACCAGCCCGGGGGAAAAACAACCGAGCCUGUUUUGUAUGAAUCAAGGGGGCUCACCCGGACCAUUUAUUCAUUCAUUCAUUUAGCGGUGAUGUCCUGAAGGUCCCCUGUGCCGAUAGCCACUCUGGGCAUCUGCGGAUGGUGCCCUGUGCCAACAGGAACGGUCCUAGUCCUUCUAGAGCCUACAG